GACAGUUUCACAUUUACAAGCAAAACCACAACUGCAGCACUCACACGGAUCCCAUCACCUUAGUGAUGAAUUAUUGUCCUUUCUGUUCUUUUAUUUUAACUAUGAUGCGAAGGGCUCACACAAAGGGAUGGUGUCUUAUAAUCCUGGCUAUUAUUGCAGGUGUCCAACUACAGAAAAAUGAGUUCUCUGUCCAGCAUGCCUCUGAGCAUCACAUCUACAGGCCGGCGUUGCAGCCCACUGACACCCUCCCUCCAAUAGAGACGUACACGCUGAAAAACCAUGUUGGAAAACCCUGCAUCAAAGCCACCAUGGGAGUAGAGUACAUUGUGAUUGAAAAUAAGAAGACCUGGUAUUACAACCUGGACCCCUCCAGGAUCAAGAUCGGUGGUUACUGUGGUAAAGAAGCUGCGGUCCUCUCUCUCACACUGCCUGACAAUGCAAGCAUUCUAGAGCUCGGCUUCAGAAAGGAAAGGAAUAUUUUCUAUGUCUCCAAUCUAACCGCUCAUGUGUCUCCUCUGCCUGUCUGCCAAGGAUGUGUCAAUAAGACUUACUCAGGUGUGUUGACGGAUGACAAGCUGUUUGCAGUGGCUGAUGGGCAGAGCUUCAAGUGCAAUUCUGAGAAUCUGCUUCUGACUUCUCCGGAGCUGAGGAUCCGGCUGGUUCCUCUGCAGAUACAGGCCUUCACUCUGCUAAAAGGACACUAUGGAAAAGAGGUGGAGUGUUGGGCUGACUUUACCAAGCGAGUCAUCCCCAUCAUCAUCGGGGCUACAGUGGUGGGUCUUUUUCUCAUCGCUGUGACGACCUCCCUGUUCCUCAAAGACCGCCGCAGAGAAGGAUAUGACAGGCUGUGAACUUUUCAAAACUGGAUGGAGAUGACCUCCAUCUAAAAUAAUAUUUCCCCAUACACGAAAAGUUCUCAAGAUAGUUUUCCUUAACUUAAAGCAGAGAGAUCUAAUGCCUUUAAAACUUCUUACAUUUAUUUCUUUGUCUAUGCUUUAAUAUUAUUUUUCGUAAUUUGUAUUUGUUAUUUUGUUUUCCGUUUAAUUUUGUAUUUAGUGAUACUUUUUAUACACAGCUGUGUGUUGUAAUACUCAUCUUUGUAGCAUAUUCCAAAGUUAAUUGAUAAAAGGGAUGAGUCCUUUUUUACACAAGCAUGUUAAUGAUUUAGUGAGUAAUCAUAAUGACACUUGAACCUAAAUGUCAGAGAUACUAUACGUUUAACAUCACAUUGUAUUUUUGUUGCUUUAAUUGGUAAUAUAAUUGGUUUUGAAUUAAAAACGGUUUAGUUUUUACAGCAUAUGUAAUACUGUACAUAACUCCAGCAUAUUGUAUUAUUUCCAGAAUACUUGGUGAAAUGAUAGCAUUCCAUAUAAUUAAUGUUUCAGAAUUUCUGUAUUGAUUUACAAUGAAUGAAUAUUGUUU